GAAUAGACCAUACACCUGUACCACAGAUUGGCAUCUCAAGCAUUAGAAGUGCUAUCCAGGGGUAUCAAGAUUAUUGUCAAAGCAGAAGACAGCAAAAAAAAGGAUAGAUUUGUCAGGAAUACCCCCUACCACUUUUUAACAUCGCAGUAUAAUAUUCUCGUCCCACCAUGCUUACACUUUUUUUGACGGAACACCAUGCUUACACUAAUUAAUAAACCUCCUAGUUACUCAUCUUACUUACAGCUAAACAAUACACUCUACAAUACAUAAUCGUCUAUUUACCAUUUAGACAUAAUACAAGGCAGGGGGUGGGGGAGAGGGGGGGAGACUCACCCAAACACUAAGCUUAAAUGUUUGAAGGGAAAAAGUGUACAUAAAGAGGGUGGGAAAGUUUAUAGCUGAAAACAAAGAACAUAAUGCAUCAGUCUGGGAGAUAAGUCAAAAGGCAACCCCCUUUUCGGUAGGGGCACCUAUUUGUUAGGCUCUAGGUAUAGGGAAUAAGUGAGUGCGAUUACAUCAGAUUUUAUUCACCUACGUGGAAUGGUAGCGAGCACUUCUUCUAUUGGUGUAGGCCCGGAGGGUGGAUAGCCCUAAAUAUUACAAGUGACGGCAAUCCAUAUCAUUGUUUGCAGUUUAAAGAUACCAUGGCGUACAGAAGUAAUAGUUUCGGUCGUCACGACUGGCUCAGCAUCUAGGACUGAGAGUAUAUAUAGAGCACAGGCCUGCACCGCUCACUUCACCCAAGUGCACACUUCGAGGCCAAGUAGCUCCUCUUGAGCAAUAGUACUCAAUCUCCUCGACACCACCAAUUGUAGGUAACCAUGUCAAGGGAUCCACUUGUUGUAGGCAAUGUAGUUGGAGAUAUCUUGGACCCAUUUAUCAAAUCAGCAUCACUCAAAGUCUUAUACAACAAUAGGGAGCUGACUAAUGGAUCUGAGCUCAAGCCUUCACAAGUAGUCAAUGAGCCACGGAUCGAGAUUGCUGGGCGUGACAUGAGAAACCUUUACACUUUGGUAAUGGUGGAUCCUGACUCACCAAGUCCAAGCAAUCCAACCAAAAGAGAAUACCUUCAUUGGUUAGUGACAGACAUUCCGGAAUCAACAGAUGCAAGCUAUGGAAACGAGAUAGUCAGCUACGAAAGCCCAAAGCCAACAGCAGGAAUACAUCGCUUUGUCUUUGUGAUUUUCCGCCAAUCUGUCCAGCAGACCAUUUAUGCACCAGGAUGGAGACCAAAUUUCAACUCAAGGGACUUCUCAGCACUUUACAGUCUAGGCCCACCUGUGGCUGCAGUAUUCUUCAACUGCCAAAGGGAGACCGGAUGCGGUGGCAGACGAUACAUCAGAUGACAACUGGGAUAACUGCAUUCCAACACUGCAAAAAUGAGGGUGAAUUGAGUGAUGAUGCAUAAGGCCAAGCGCUCCAGGUGGGCGUUGUGUAUGGCGCAGCGUAAUGUAGUUUAAUUCCUAGAUUACUUUAUCUCAUGUACAGGCACUGACUAUGGUGUCCCAAAAUACCAUGUAACAAAUCUCAGCCACUGCUCCAUCUCUUCUUCCUUGAUGAGGAAAGCUUAAAGUUGAUGUAUUAGGACAAUGAGAGUAAAGAUCUCUCAUGUUUCCUAAAAACUAUUAGAUUUGACGCCAAUAAAUGAUAAAUUGCAGAUUGCCUGUGCAAGAAAGGCAGUGCAGUGAAAACUGUAAGGUCCCGCAGCCACAGUUUACUGGUGUCAUAGUGCUAGGAGUCUUUUCAUCACCUGACCUCCAAUGAUUAAUCCAAUGAGGAUUUAUGCUGAUGACCUCACUGAGAAUCAGAAUUCAGAACCCUCUCCCCAUCCACCAGUCAUGCUCUCAGAUUCCACCAACACCAGCAAAGCAAAUCUGCGUAGAAGCGGGUCAUUAAAGGUGUAAAUCCAAAUAGCCCUGACAUGUUAGUGCAGUCCUGGUCAGAUUAUGCUCCAGAACUGAUCAAGAAAACCAAAUUAGUGUGGUCACUUUUCCUGCCUGCCUUUGGUAGACAGGCUUAGCAACAGCAGGAAGGGAAUCAGGUACCUCAAUGACAACAGAGAAUAUGACCAUCUGAACAGCUAAAGCCUGGCUUUGAAUGAAGUGGUACACAAAACGCAUCUGCUUUUGCCAUGACAUGGUAAGAUAAAGGUGAGCUAUCUGUUUCCAAUUUUCAAGGUGCAUCCAUAUUGUGGCUGCUUCUCUGUUAUACCAGAACUGGCAUCACACUUCUCACAGCAUAGGCACACACUGCUUGUCAGAGCCGGUCAGUGGCAGUGCCGGUCUGGCGGAGCUACAUCCCGGCAAGCCUGGGCAGCUACCCGGGCUCAGCUGGUGAACCCCACUGAAACGGUACAAGAGAGCAAGGACUCAACAAGGAGCUCGCACAGGAAAACACUGAAAAACGCAAUUCCAACUAUACAUUGCCUAGGCUCUGAUAACGGGCUGGCUCUGCCACUGGUCUAGGACCAUAGAUCCCGUCGCAGCACCUGUCGUGGGAGCUGACUCAACCUCACCGACAAUGUGCUGAUACCAACCCAUGGCAGGUUCCAUGAUGGCGCCACCCACUGCUCCAGCAUUUUGUCGAACACCAUCCAUUCACCUCUGCACCAGUGCUUAACAGCCUGCGAGAACAGGCUGCGCAGAAAGCGGCUAUACCACAUGAGGAGGCCAGGGCAUAUGGACCGUGCUGCAAGUCCUCCACACCUUCCUCUUUGGUGCCACAGUUGUCGCAGCAUCCACGAUGAUGACACGCCAUGCCAUGGUGUGAACGGCCCUCACUCUUGCAUUUCAUUGAGCACCUUUCCUGGCUUAACAGUCUGCAAGGGCAGCGAGGUGCACAGAGAAAUGGCUUACCCCAGAUGAGGAGGUGAUGAAGAACCUAUCGCAUUUGCUGCAUGUCAAUCAUGUCUUUGGUGCACACUCUUCUUGCCUUCAUUAUUGCAUGCUUGUAGAACAACCUCCAUGGCGGGCAUGUCCUGUGACCAGCUAGAAAUGUAUUCGAACACAAUGCACAAAAAACCUUAAUAAAGGGACUGAAAGAAAACACGACCUAACCAGUUAAUCGGUGCUUACGGAGUGAAACUGCAGAAGUGCUAGCUUUCAUUUGUUCAGUCCUUAUGAUCAAAAUUGCUAAGACAAAGCCUCUUUGAUUCUCAUCAAAAACAUAGAAAUAAGAAAAUUAAGAAUUGCAAUGUCAUGUAAUCUUGAAUCUCCGCAAGAAACCAUGUCUGAUCGCCCCAUAGAAAAAGCAUUGAAAGCAUUCCUAGAAAUUUAAGUAAAUGAUUUUUCCUUUGAAAUUUAGUACAGAAACCCUGUAGAAAAAUUUCCUAUGGAAUACAACAGUACAAAGCAUAGCAGGUUAUACAU